GGGAGGGGCUGGCGAGGAAGAAGGAGGAUGCAGGGGUGGGUGAAGCUGGCUAGUAAGAGGGGAGGGGCCGGCGAGUAAAAAGGACGCAGAGGGGCGUGGGGAGCUUGCGGCACAGCUAGGGCAUCCCAGCGAGGAGCGCCGCCGGGCCCCGGGCCACAGCUGGGCCUGGCGGGGGAACCAUGGGCGCCUCGGUCUCCAGGGGCCGGGCCGCCCGGGUCCCCGCGCCGGAGCCGGAACCCGAAGAGGCGCUGGACCUGAGCCAACUACCCCCGGAGCUGCUUCUGGUGGUGCUGAGCCACGUCCCUCCGCGCACGCUGCUCGGGCGCUGCCGCCAAGUGUGCCGGGGCUGGCGAGCCCUGGUGGACGGCCAGGCCCUGUGGCUGCUGAUCCUGGCCCGCGACCACGGCGCCACCGGCCGCGCGCUGCUGCACCUCGCCCGCAGCUGCCAGUCUCCCGCCCGUAACGCCAGGCCUUGCCCCCUGGGCCGCUUCUGCGCGCGCAGACCCAUCGGACGCAACCUUAUUCGCAACCCCUGCGGCCAAGGCCUUCGAAAGUGGAUGGUGCAGCACGGUGGGGACGGCUGGGUGGUGGAGGAAAACAGGACAGCCGUACCUGGGGCCCCUUCUCAGACGUGCUUCGUGACUUCAUUCAGCUGGUGUUACAAGAAGCAGGUCUUGGACCUAGAGGAGGAGGGUCUGUGGCCAGAACUGCUGGAUAGUGGCAGGAUUGAGAUUUGUGUCUCUGACUGGUGGGGAGCCCGACACGACAGCGGCUGUAUGUACAGACUCCUUGUCCAACUUCUAGACGCCAACCAGACUGUUCUAGAUAAAUUCUCUGCUGUGCCUGAUCCUAUCCCACAGUGGAACAACAAUGCCUGCCUUCACAGACACAGUUUCACUAUGUUGCCUGGGCUGGUCUUGAACUCCUGUGCUCAAGCAAUCCUCCCGCCUCAGCCUCCCAUAGUGCUGGGAUUACAGGCACGAACCACUGCGUCCAGCCCGUGCUUGUUUUUGAGUGCACCAAUUCCAGCUCUAAGAUUGACAAAAAAUGGACAAGCUGAUCGCAAAAUUCAAAUGGAAUUGCAAGAGGUUCCAAAUAGCCAAAACAAUCUUGAAAAAGAAGAACAAACUUGGAGGAUUCACACUUUCCAGUUUCAAAACUUACUACAAAGCUACAGUAAUCAGAACACUGUGGUCCCGGCAUAAGUGAUGUUGGACAAGUGAGCCCCAAAGUGAGACUUAGCCCAUGAGGUUCUUGGCUUUGCCCAGGAAAGAAUUCAAGGCCAAGCCAAUGGUAGAAGAAAACAGCUUUAUUGAAGGGGCAGUGUUACAGCUCCAGCCCUGUUCCAACUCUGACUACUCCUGCACAGCAGGGCUGUGGGCAGAGACUAGCAGCUCAGGGCAGUUUUGCAGUCAUUUAUAUCUACUUUUAACACAUGCAGAUUAAGGGGCGAUUUGUGCAAAAAUUUCUAGGGAAUGGGUAAUAACUUUUGGGUCAAGUCAAUGCCAUGGAAUAACUCCCUGGUGUUGCGAUGCCAAUGGUAAACUGACAUGGCGCACUGAUCGGCAUGUCUUAUGGAAAGCUCAUUCCACCCCAGCCCUGUUUCAGCUAGUCCUCAAUUUGGUCCAGUGUCCGAGCCCUGCCUCUGGAGUUAAGUCCCACCUCCUACCUCAUAAGGAGAGACGUAAAUCAAUGGAAUAGAAUCGAGAGUCCAGAAAUAAACUCAUACAUCGAUGAUCAAUUGAUUUUCGACAACGGUACCAAGACCAUUCAGUGGGGGAAAGAAUCAUUUUCACCAAAUGGUGCUGGAUAACCACAUCCAAAGGAGUGCAACUGGGCCCCUAUCUCACACCAUAUACAGAAAUUAAAUCAAAGUGCCUCAAACACUAAGAGCUAAAACUAUAACAUUCUUAGAAGAAUACAGGGAUACAUCUUUAUGACCUUGAUUUGGUAAUUGAUUUUUAGAUAACACUAAAAGCACAAGCAACAAUAGAAAAAAAAAAAAGUAAAUUUGACCUCAUCAAAAUUUUAAACUUUUAGGCUGGGUGCAGUGGCUCACACCUCUAAUCCCAGCACUUAGGGAGGCUGAAGCAGGAGGAUCACUUGAGCCCAGGAGUUCGAGACCAGCCUGGCCAACAUGGUGAAACCCUGCCUCUACUAAAAAUAUAAAAAUUAGCCAGGAGUGGUGGUGGCCACCUAUACUCCCAGCUACUCGGGAGGCUGAGGCCUGAGAAUCACUUGAACCCAGGGGGCGCAGGUUGCAGUGAGCCGAGAUCACGCCACUGCACUCCAGCUUGGGGGACAGAGUGAGACUCUGUCUCAAAAACAAACAAACAACAACAAAAAAAAAACCACAACUUUGUGCAUCAAAGGACACAACAAAAUAACAAAAAGACAACCCACAGACUGGGAAAGAAUGUUUUGCAAAUUAUAUAUCUGAUAAGGGUGUAGUAUCCAAAAUAUAUAAAGAACUCUUACAACUCAACAAUAAAAGAUAAGCAACUCAGUUUUCAAAUGGGCAAAGGACUUGAAUAGGUAUUUUUCCAAAGAAGAUAUACCAGUGUUCAGUAAGUGCAUGAAAAGAUGUUCAACAGCAUUAAUCCUUAGGGAAAUGCAGGUCAAAGCCACAGUGAAAUACCACUUCCUACCCAGUAGGAUGAAUAUGAGCAAAAAGAAAAAAAGAAGAAAACAACAAGUGUUGGUGAUGAUAUGGAGAAAUUACAACCCUCACACAUUGCUGAUGGGCAUAUAAAAUGGCGCAGCUGCUUUAGAAAGCCGUUUGUCAUUUCUUCUAAAAGCUAAACAUAGAAUUCUACUGUAUGACACAGCAAUUCUACUCCUACAUAUAUACCCAAGAGGAUUUAAAACAAGUUUUCGAAUAAAAUAUUGUACACAAAUGUUCAUAACUGCAUUAUUCAUAGAGACAAAGAGUGGAAACAACCAAAUGUCCUUCAACUGAUGAAUGGAUAAACCAAAAGUGGUCCAUCCAUACAAUGGGAAAUUAUUCCAUCAUAAAAAGGAAUAGGCUGGGCGUGGAGGCUCACACCUGUAAUCCCAACAUUUUAGGAGGCCAAGGAGGGCAGAUCACUUGAGGUCAGGAGUUUGAGACCAGCCUGGACAAUAUGGUGAAACCCCGUCUCUACUAAAAAUACAAAAAAUUAGCUAGACGUGGUGGCAGGCGCCUGUAAUCCCAGCUACUCUGAAGGCUGAGGCAGGAGAAUUGCUUGAACUCGGGAGGUGAAGGUUGUGGUGAGCCAGGAUCACCCCUCUGUACUCCAGCCUGGGUGAUGGAGCGAGACUGUGUCUCAAAACAAACAUACAAAAAAGGAAUGAAAUACUGAUAUAUGCUGCAAUAUGGAUGAACCUUGAAAACAUGCUAAAUGAAAGAAGGCCACAUAUUGUAUGAAUCCAUUUAUAUGAAUUGCCCAGAAUAGGAAAAUCUGUUGAGACAGGAAAUAGAUUAGCAGUUGCCAGGGAGGAAGAGGAAGGAUGGAGAGUGACUGCUCACAGGUACAUGGUUUGUUUGGGGUGAUUUGGGAACCGGAUGGUGGUGAUGGUUGUACAACAUUGUGAAUGUACCAAAAAACACUGAAUUAUAUACAGUUUUAAAUGACUAAAA